UAAAUGUGCCCAUAAUGUAUAAAAUGUAUCUUCAAAAUUUAAUAAAAUAAUUUAAAUGUUACAAAUAAUUUAAAAUAUUAUUUAAUAUAAGGCUAUUAAAUUAAGAACUUGAAUAAAAAACAAAUGUUAUAAAAAUAAUUAAGGCGAAACUUUAAUGGAUAAAAAGUGGAAAAUUAUAAAGGCAGCCAUUUAAAAAGGUCUUUCAGCCGUGAUUUGGUUUCUGUUUUCAAACAAAACAUUUCAAAGGACCCGACCAGCCAACCAUCCAACCGACAAAAAAAAAAACAGUAACUCAACAAAUCUUAACUUGUCUCGCCGCAAAAUUGAGUAACAUAGUGUCCCCAGACAUUCAUCAUCUGGUUGAAAGCACUGGAGGAGAAAAAACGGAAUAAACCAAAACAUUUACACAAAUUUGUCGACAUACCUCCCUACUGGAAUGAAUGAAGUAGCACCCAUACACCAAGUCAACGGAUAAGGAAUAAAAAGUGUACAGAAUUUUCCAUGUAUGUUCAAUAUUCAGAAUACCAGAAUGGGCGAAAACAGUGUUUGAGCCAGAAUGAAAAAAAGGCCGGUCCAUUAAUGAAACAUCGCUGAAAUUGUCAGUUUCAGUUUCACAGUACGUCGAACGCCACAGGAGCUCUAAAAUCUAACAAUAUGGACUAACAGACAGACAAAAAAUCCAUAGUAAAAACAAACAAACAAACAAUUCAGCAAAAAAUAAAUAGAAGAAGCUCAUGAAAAUAUUUUGAAAACAAAACAAAAAGUCAACAACAACUACAGCAACAGGAUUUCAAUGUGGGCGAACGUGUCCCGAUACACUUCGUUGGAGCAGCAAAGUGAAUAACAAGAAUUUGGACAACACAAAAACAGGAGCAGCAGCAGGGAGUCCGUCAAUGAAAUUAAUUUUAAUGAAAUCAACAAUUAAAGCUUAGGCGAAACCAAUUUCAAAGAACAACAUAAUUGAAACAGCUAGGAAAGGGCUGGGGCAGCCAGUGAUUUAAUGCAUCAAAGGAAUUGCAGUAUUAAUUGAAAUAAAGCGAAGCGGAACGAAACGAAACGAAACGAAACCUUCGAAACUAUCGUUGGCAUCUGUUUUGCAUGUUUGCAGGAUCUUGCCCCCUCCUCCUCCUCCUCCAAGCCCUUACUAAUUGCCAGCUCUUAUUAAUCAAAUGAUUGGGAAUGAUUCAACACGAGACUGGUGUACAACAGAGGAUUAUGAAUAAUCUACACCAGACCCUGGCCACAGUUGUAACCGAGACAGUUGCUGCUGUGAUGGCACCCUCCAUUAUGGACAAUAGUAAUUCUGUCCCUUACAAUAAGCUGGUGACCAUGCCGGUCACGAACACAAGCCACUCGGCGACGACGACCAACACGAGCAUAGCAAACAGAACUAGUCUCAGUAGUGCGAGCAGUGACAGCAUUAUUGUCGGCAGCACCGCCACCAGCCACAAUCUUUCACAGUCGCAUCCUUACGACACAUCGGGUCUAAUUUAUUGGAGCGGCGAUGGUGGCGGUGGUGGUGUUGGUGUUGGGGUCAGUGGUGGAGGUGGCGGCGGCCUUGGCAUUAGCAUGAGAGAUGAAUUCAGUCCUGGUGGCUUUGAUCCCUCCUUCGGUUACGAUGCAGACAAUUCAACCUAUUUCUAUCACAAUUUCAAUGGCAGCGAUUUCUCGUUCAGCUGCCAGGACCGAGAUCCCCUCACAAAUCUCACCUAUUGGAAUCUCACCUGUGAUACACCUGUGGAUUAUGUGGUACCAUUGUAUGGUUAUUGCAUGCCGUUCCUGUUAAUAGUCACCGUUCUGUCCAAUUCACUGAUUGUCCUGAUAUUAAGCAAAAAGAAUAUGUCAACGCCAACCAAUUUCGUAUUAAUGGGUAUGGCCAUUUGUGAUAUGUUAACGGUAAUAUUUCCGGCUCCUGGUCUAUGGUAUAUGUAUUCGUUUGGCAACCACUAUAAACCACUGCAUCCGGUUUCACUUUGUUGGGCCUACAAUAUUUUCAAUGAGAAGCGUGGCAGAACUUCACGUCGUAUCAAGUGA